AUGGGCGUACCAGAUUCGGGAUACACCCGUACAAAACAUGACGCUCUCCGUAUUACCAAGGACCGGAGCAGAUGGAGAAAACUCGUGCAGAUACAAAGCACACGUAUCGAUCAAAAUGCGAGUGCGCCUGCAUCGUUGUUGCUGACAGUACCGUUUAUGCAGUUGAAAACAACCAUGGACCAUCGGAUCUUAGCAAUAUUGGCGGUUAUCGCCUAUUUCAGUAGUGAAGUAUCCACCGAAGGACCAGUCUACGCUGGCGGUCAACCACCUGCAGCCAGUGCGCCUACUAAUAAUUUUAUCACACAGACAGUAUAUGGCUUCUUAGACUUUACUACCACCAUAGGGAAUACCGUCAUGGUAUUCUCCCCCCAUUCUGCCCCACCACCAGAACCACCGAAAAAUGAAAAAUCUGUUCAAGAAAACAUUAUUGAAACUAAGCCACCAUCGCCAUCUGUUACAAGCGUUAAACCAGAAGCCAUUAAACCUAGCAAAAUUUCUGACAAAAAUAAAACUAAUAAACCCUCUGGCCCUGCAGUAAUAUCAAGCGCGAUAUCUGUUAUGUCAUCACCACAGAAAAAGGAUGAAAAAACUGCAAACAUACCAAAAUCUGUAUCUGUAAAGGAGCAAAAACAAAUAAUUACAAAAGUUGAAGUUGUGGCUGGACCAUCUAAAAUUGUAGGGAGUAGUUCUCCGAAAUCAACUUCUUCAAAGCCAAGCAAAUCAAGUAAACCCAAUAAUCCAAAUGAUAAAAAACACAAAUCAGAAGCCAUAAAAAGUGUCACCAAUGUAGUUAGUAGCAAAGUUGAAGUUAAACAAGACCCACCGGCCUCUAUUAUAAAUUCUAAAGUUAGUAGCGUAGUGCAAAUUAAAUCAAACCAGCCUAAAGAAGAGCCUGCCAUUUUAAUUACCAAUAACAAUAUUGGGGAACCAGAAUAUGAUUUCUUGUCACGACAACCCUCCGAAUUCGUUGAAGAAACAUAUAAAGUUAUUAAUAUACGACCUUCAAAAACUCAUCCACAAAAACCGAAACAUAAAAAUCGUAUUCACCCACCUACUCCACAACCAGAAGACGAAGAUCAUCCUUUAGGCCUCGUCACGACUCUUGGUGGUACUAUAGUAAAAGACGGUCUUACUACAAUACAUGAAACUAGUGUGAUAGGAACAUAUAUAUCGGGAAAGUAUGCGCAAGUUUUAAACAGUAACUCCAAAAUCCUUCAAGCAGGUCAUCGCAAUAAGAUUUCACCUACUCCUACACAUAGAAUUUUGAAGACUCCGGCUCCUGGCUUAAAGAAUCAUAGACACAAUUUAGAACCCACUCCAUCAAUCAAUGAUGAAGAGCAUCAUGGAAAAACUACACGCCGACAAACAAAUAAUGGUAGUUCUUUCAAAAAUCGUCACAGAGUACAAAAUAAUUCGGAAAACGACAACCACGCUAAUAUCCAACCCACACAAAACAAAAAGUUUAAAAACCGGAACUCAGCUAAUUCUCAAAGGACUCAAAGUACUCGUUAUGGCCGACCUGCAAACCCCGCUCAACUGGCAACCGUCUCUGUUUUCAGUGAAUCAUCAUCGUCUUCAUUCACCAACCGAAGAAAAAAUAACCGCAACUCGGGGCAUAAAACUACUGUCAGUCAAUCGAGUAACGAAAACCAAACGAAACGUGGAUUUAAACCACGUGUACAAGCUACUCCAGUCGAGCAAGUAACGCCAGCAGCAUCAACUAGUGUCUAUAAAUUUAAACUGAAUCGCUCGCCAGGCUCAGGCCGCUGGCAAUAUAAGACAAGUCCGAAACCUAAAGUCACUAUACGAAAGAUGAGUGGAGGUGACGAUGAACAGACAACUCCGAAUCCGAAUCCUUUCAUUGAUGAUCUGCAAGGGAAUGAUUUAUCUCCUCAAGCUAGAUCAGACAACGACCUCGAACUCUCUGGAUCUCAAAGCGGGCUAGGCACCCUUCUUGAAAACGAUACCGAUGACAACUCUAUAGAGAAACCCCCGCCUGUAGAAACUCUGAAAGUUGAAAUAUCUACUCCUGCUGAUUUUCGAGAUGUGGGACGUGUCAAAAACACUCGUAUCAUCACGGUGACAUCAACAAUAGAAAAACGUAUUGAACCAACACUUAUAUCUAAUUCGCAAAGUUCUCUCAACGAGCCGUUGACAGAAAACAUAUUAGCGACAGCCUCCCCUUACGGAAAAGAUCAUAACUUAGAUUCAAGUAUUGCUACACUACCCGCCAUAACCUUAUCAUCCGAUAUGGAAACUCCGCCUUUAGAAACAGUCACUGAAACAUUCAGCACCACACAAAAUAUGUUAAAAACUCACAUAUUACCAGUCGUAAGAGAUGCUAAUUUAACCAGUAGUUUAACUUUCAUACAGACAUAUCAAGUAACAAGAUUUGUGACUGCUACCAAAACACUUCCACCAAUGGACUUCUUCCAAUUUAUUCCAAGUAAAACAUUAAAGGAAUUCAACAGUCGCCUUGAUGAAGCAGGAUCUGAACUCCAUUUGGAAUUAGAUUUCGGUGACAGCAACGAAGAUGAAGAUGGGGUUCCACGACGAGUAUUCCCACCCGAUUUGGAUUUAGCAAACAUCGGCUCUGAUUUUGACUUAGCUGAAGUAGACAAAUAUGGUGUUCCAGACAACCAUUUAAGACUCAAGAAAGCGCACGGUCAAAACAAAAAUAAUCAAGUAACAGAGCCACCUUCACCAGUAACUCCAGCGCUCACUCCAGAACAAGCUCAACAGCUCGCACUGUUAAGAUUGCUAAAUCCGGCUGCAGCAGCUCAAAUUCCUAACGUUGUAACGACAUCAAAACCAGUGCUUAAAUACGAGACACUAUAUGAAUCACAUGUCAUUCCUCUAUUUGAUGGCAAAAAUACAAUACAGAGCACCAUAUCUCGACCUGUAGCAACAAUUACUAAAACAGAGUAUGAAAUUGGAACUAGUAGUCUGCCUGCUCUGCCGUUACAACCUCUUAAUCCACUUUAUCCUCAACAGCAAUUCACCGUCACGUCGACACCCGUCGUUAUGAAUACAGAAGUAACUGCGACUGAUAGCCAAAUUCUAAAACUGACUUUUGGUGCUAAAACGGUAUACACUACUUUGUUCACGACUAAAGUCGUGCCAACAAUACUCACAUCAUAUGUCACAUCCUCUAUUCCGAUACAAGCUAGUGCAGGUUUCCCAGGAUACUUCCCAGCGCCAUUUGCACCAUUCCCCUAUGUAGGUUAAAUAAAAUAGUAUUCGAAGUUUGAAUUAGUGAAAUGUGAAAUCGAAAUGUAACUCAUGAAUGUUACAUAAACUUAAACUGUUCAAUGUGAAUGUGGUAUUGUAGUGUAGUGAUAAACUAUAUUAUGGGUGAGUUGUAAACUGUGAAAAGCAGCGAAUGUUAGAAUUUAUAGCUUUUGUGGAAAACAUGAAAACUCUAACCUUGUAUUUUCUUCUGAAGUUUUCCGAGCUAAGAACGCUGUGUGUUUCUGAUGCUCGUCGCGUAAAUUGGAAAUCUUGCUGACGGCAAAUAAAUGUAACAAUUUGUAUACAGCCAUUUUCUUUGUAAUCAGUAAAAUGCUUUGUAAAUAAAUUUAUUUAUAAAUAGUUUUUUGUGUAUAUAGAAAAAUGAUAUGAAUAUUUUGUAUUUGUUUAGUUUAAAGUUAUUUAGGUUAAUAUUGUAAAAAUGGCAAAGAAACAUUAUUUUGUAUAUUGAAAAUUGUUUAACAGUUUUAAUAUACAUGUAUUUACAGUUUAAUUAAACGGGGAUUUGUACAUACAUUACAAAUG